AUGGGCGCGCGGGGCGGCGGGGAUCCGGCUGGAACCGGUUGGGCCGCGUCCGGCUCUAUAUAAAACUUUAUAAACACCCGAUUCCAAUUAGAGGGGUCGGGAGCAGCGCAGCCCGCCGGGUGCAGCCCCGCACCGCUCCCCGCACCGCGCCCGCAGCCCCCCGCGCCCAGCGCGCCCGGCGCCCACACCCCCGCCUCCCUCCGCCCGCUCCCUCCGCCCCCUCACGCCGCGCAGCGCGCUCCGCUCUCCUCACACACAUAUACACACACACACGCUCACACACACACGGAGCCAUGCCGAAGAGAAAGGCUGAAGGAGAGACCAAGGGCGAUAAGGCCAAAGUUAAGGAUGAGCCGCAGCGGAGAUCAGCGAGGUUAUCUGCUAAGCCUGCUCCUCCAAAGCCAGAGCCCAAACCUAAAAAAGCAGCUCCAAAGAAGAGCGAGAAGGUGCCCAAGGGGAAGAAGGGAAAAGCUGAUGCUGGCAAGGAGGGAAACAACCCUGCAGAAAAUGGAGAUGCCAAAACAGACCAGGCACAGAAAGCUGAAGGUGCUGGUGAAGCCAAGUAAAACGUGUGAAUUUUUGAUAACUGUGUACUUCUGGUGACUGUACAGUUUGAAAUACUAUUUUUUAUCAAGUUUUAUAACAAUGCAGAAUUUUGGUUUACUUUUUUUUAAGCUAUGUUGUUAGCACACAGACCGCUUUGUUGUUGUGUUCUGGGGGGGUGGGGGGCAAUGGGGACAAAUGUCAUUUAGUCUAUUUCUCAAAACCUAAAUUUUAAUAAGAAAAGCUUUUGCCAGUCCCCAGUGUUUGGAAGAAGGGAUUCCCCCGUGCUGCGUGUCAGGUGUGUCCAAGGGAACAUCAGAGCUCCCGGGAUGCUGUUGCUCACUCCACAUCCCAGUGCCAUCAGUUCUCCUCUGGGGUCUCCUUGUUUGCCCAGAGCCCUCACUCCAAAGCUCAGCAGAACUGACAUUUGGGGAUGUCCCACACUCAGUCCCCUGUCAGGUGCCCUGGAUUUCUGGUGUCCAGUCUGGGAUACGCUGGCUCAAACAGGAGCUGCACUUCCUCUUUUCUAUUGUGGAUCCUCAGAUACAGAAACCUGCUUUUAACUUUCCUCUCAAAGUCAGGGUGGGUUUGUGCAGAGUUGUCAGACAACGCGCGGAUGUUUCACAUUGUCCACCCUCACUCUAAACUUUGCCCUCUACAAGUAUGAGCUGAAGAUUCUUACGGUUUUUAGCAACUUCUCCAUUUCAGUAGUCCACAAAGGGAGGGGAGUUUGACAGUUGUUGUAAAAUGUUGCAGAUUGUAGCCCAUGUCCUGCCUAAAUUACCAUGAUUGUUCAUGAAAAGUACCUUUAAUAAAGCUGGAUACGGUUUGGCUUGGACUGUU